AUGUCGGAUUUCUUGAGCAGACACCCAGACACAGGAAAACACAAACAAACAAGUGUGGCAGAAGAAUAUGUUAAUUUCCUGGCAUAUCAUGAUGUCCCUGUAGCCAUGGACAUGAAUGAAACAAUUCAAGCAACAUCCCAGGACGUUGACCUCCAAAUGGCCAUUAAAUACGUCAAAUCUGGAAACUGGAAUAACCCAAGCAAAAACAAAAUCAUUGAUACCCUGUCACGCUGCAAAAACGAGCUGUCGGUAGUAAAUCUUCAAAAUGGUGAAAUUCUGCUGCAUGAGUCCAGGAUUGUUAUCCCUAGGCAAUUACAAGAUAAAGUGAUAUCAUUAGCUCAUGAGGGUCAUCAGGGAAUUGUUAAAACCAAACAAUUAUUAAGAGAGAAAGUCUAUUUCCCAGGCAUGGAUCAAUUAGUAGAAGCAAAAUGCAAAAGUUGCAUUCCGUGUCUAGCAGCAACAAAUAAAAAGACUCAAGAACCGCUGCAAAUGAGUGAAAUGCCAAAAUACGCGUUUCAGGUAGUUAGCUUGGACUUUUAUGGACCAUUUCCGGAUGGAAAGUAUUUACUCGUGUUAAUGGAUGAAUACUCACGUUUCCCGUUCGUUGAAGUAUUUAAUUCAAUCACAGGCAACACUGAUUCCUGUGCUAGACAAAAUUUUCUCAGGAGCAGGGAUUCCAGAAGUGUUAAAGUCAGACAACGGAAGUCCCAUGAAUUCACACCUGUUCAAAGAUUUUGCUAA